AAAAUGGCUUCCGGGUUAUCGAGGUUUGUUGAACUGGGCAGGAAAAUAGUGUGUGUUGGCAGGAAUUACAGCGAACAUGCUGCCGAGUUGGGCAAUAAAGUUCCCACAGAACCAGUCAUUUUUCUGAAACCAACUACCUCAUAUCUUAAAGAAGGCAAUGCAAUUACAUUCCCACAUGGUAGUGACAAUCUACACCAUGAAGUUGAACUUGGUGUUGUAAUUGGAAAGCCGGGAUUUCAAAUCAGAGAGUCUACUGCUAUGGAGCAUAUUGGUGGCUAUACAUUAGCCCUUGAUAUGACGGCACGGGACAUCCAGGAUAAGAUGAAGAAAAAAGGACUACCUUGGACGCUGGCCAAAGGAUUUGACUCGUCUUGUCCCAUAGGUUCAUUCAUACCACCUGAUAAAAUUCCUGACCCUCAUGACAUUGAAAUAUGGCUCAAGGUCAAUGAUGCAAUGAAGCAGCAGGGGAAUACAAAGAAUAUGAUUUUUAAAGUUCCAUUUUUGAUCAGUUUUAUUAGCCAGUUCAUGACGCUGGAGACUGGUGAUUUGAUUUUAACUGGAACGCCAUCUGGUGUUGGUCCGGUAUCACCGGGUGAUGUUAUUACAUGUGGCCUCACUGGCUUGGCAACAAUGACAUUCACUGUUAACAAAUAAAUAAGUGCAAUAAAACAGUUCUUCUGAAUGUAA